AUGGUGCAAGUGCCGCUGUCGUCCACGGCCGACCGAUCGCCGGUGCUUGUGGUGAUGGUGCCGCGUGGCGCCGUCGGCUGCGGACAGAGGGGGGCUGACGCGACCUUCCCGGCCUUCCCGGCCUUCCGCAGGCGGGGCGACGCUCCCGACGGAGGGAGAGGUGGACUAGGAGGUGGACUAGGAGGUGGACGAGGAGGAGGUGGACGAGGAGGAGGAGGAGUCCCGUUUGGGAACUCGCUGGGCUCUCAGCGGAGGGGCGAGUUCCUGUCGGGCCGCGACGACUCGGCGCUGACACUCACCGACAGCGACGGCGAGCGGUCGGAAACCGGCACAGGUGCCAGGCUAGGUUCGUCCUCGUCUCCCUCCUCGAGUCCCGAGUGCGCGACCCAGCCGGAAAGGAGCAGGGGGAGGGGCCGUGGGGGGCCGGGGGGAGGGGCCGGCGGAGUUGGGGGGGGCUGCACGGACUCCGACUCGGACCCCGAGGCUCGCAAUUCCACAUUCCCGGGCGGGGCCGUGUACGACGCGGAGAUCGAUCACAGCUCUGUGUUCAUCCCUCGGGGCCUCUUCCUGCACCCCGACGUUCAGGGCUACGGGCCCCCCACUCGGAGCGGGGGUCACUCCGACGACGCCGCCGCCUCCCCCCCCUCCUCCCCCUCCUCCUCCACCCCGCACCACCGCCCCCCACACCGCCAGCACGCAGCGGGGGGCGGGAGACUCCGCACCCCCUCGCCCGUGGUCCCCGCGCGGCGGGGGGGCGGUGGGGGAGGAACGGGGGGCAGGGAGCAGGGCGGACCCCCCACGCCCCUGACCCCCCACGGCGCCCACCACCACCACCGGAAUUGGACGCCCUGCUGCGUGGACCCGGCGAUGGAAGGUGGCAGGCACCCGGCCUUCAAGCCCGGUCCUUUGGCCUCCUCUUCCCCCGCGGCCCCCGCGGCCCCGCGCCUGGCCUUCGGCUUGGACUCCCGCCUGAGCCGCGGCGUCGUCCCCUUCCCGCGCCUCACCGCCGGCGCUGCCUUCGCCGCCUCGGCCGCCCCCCGCCAGCCCCCGCCGCCGUCCUCGCCCUCCGCCCUGCGCUCCCGCGCCGCUCGCGGUGCACGCGGGGGGCCCCCGCCUCCGCCGUGCGCCGCUCUCUGCGCCAUGGCGCUCGCCGCGCUGCUCGCCGCCCUGCUCGCGUACUUCGUCGAGUGUGAGUGA